AUUUCAUUGAGAACUCGUACAGCACCAGGUCAACAUCUACGAAGCCCUCUGGAAGACAUUUUCCGCUCUCACCGCUGGAUUUACCUUUUUUUCAGAGGGUUUUUCAUUUCAAGCCCCCACCUGGAGUGAACCAAACUGCGGAUCUAUGCGAACCCUACGCGGGACUCAACCACAUCUGUGAAGUUGAACAGGAGGAAUGCAUCGUUUCUUUGUGAAACUAACAUUUCUGUUUUCUGCAAUCGUCCUCUCACAAGGUCUAAAAUGCUCCCUGCCCACUGAGACGUGUCUGAAUGGAGGCUGGUGUGAAGCCACCUCCAACGGAAACGGAGAAUGCAAGUGUCCCAGCGACUACGUAGGCAGUCGGUGCCAGUAUCCCAGCCCCUGCAGCCCUUCGCCCUGCCGCAACGGCGGCGAAUGCCGCGCCGUUUCCCGCGGCAACACCUUCGAUUUCCACUGCGUGUGCCGCCUGGGCUUCACCGACCGGCUGUGCCUGACCCCGUCCAACCACGCCUGCAUGAGCUCCCCCUGUCGCAACGGGGGAACAUGCGAUCUCAUCACCCUCUCCGCCUUCCGCUGCCGCUGCCCACCUGGUUGGUCAGGUAAAACCUGUCAGCUCGCCAACCCGUGCGCGUCCAACCCGUGCGCGAACGGGGGCCAGUGCUCGGCUUUCGAUUCCACCUACAUCUGCACCUGCCCGCCGGCCUUCCACGGCCAGACCUGCAAGCAGGACGUCAACGAGUGCGCACAGAACCCCUCGCCCUGUCUCAACAGCGGCCUGUGCGUGAACGAGGUGGGCUCGUACAGCUGCCGCUGUCCCCAAGAGUACACCGGGAAACACUGCGAGGCGACAUACAUGCCGUGCAGCCCCUCGCCGUGCCUGAACGGAGGCACCUGCGUGCAGAAAGGAGACACCGUCUACGCCUGCAGCUGCCUUCCAGGUUUCACGGGGCAGCACUGUGAUUACAACAUCGACGACUGUCCGGGCCACACCUGCCAGAAUGGAGCUGUGUGUGUGGAUGGUGUGAACACCUACAACUGCCGAUGCCCACCUCAUUACACAGGUCAAUACUGCACAGAAAAUGUGGACGAGUGCGAGUUGAUGCCCAACGCGUGCCAGAACGGAGGAACGUGCCACGACACCCACGGCAGCUACCACUGCGUCUGCGUCAACGGGUGGACGGGUGACGACUGCAGCGACAACAUCGACGACUGCGCCAGCGCGGCUUGUUACAGCGGCGCCACCUGCCACGACCGCGUGGCCUCCUUCUUCUGCGAGUGCCCCCACGGUCGCACAGGUCUGCUGUGCCACCUGGAUGACGCCUGCAUCAGCAACCCUUGUCAAAAGGGUUCCAACUGUGACACGAACCCAGUCAACGGGAAGGCGAUCUGCACCUGCCCCCCAGGUUAUACCGGGUCAGCCUGCAACCUGGACAUCGACGAGUGCUCCCUCGGUGCCAACCCCUGUGAGCAUGGUGGCCGCUGCAUCAACACCCAAGGCUCCUUUCAGUGCAAGUGCCUUCAAGGAUACGAAGGACCUCGUUGCGAGAUGGACGUCAAUGAGUGCAUGUCCAACCCGUGCCAUAAUGAUGCAACCUGCCUGGAUCAGAUUGGGGGGUUCCACUGCAUCUGCAUGCCAGGAUACGAGGGUGUGUUCUGCCACAUCAACACAGAUGAGUGUGCCAGCCAACCUUGCCUCAACAAUGGCAAGUGCAUCGACAAGAUCAACUCCUUCCACUGCGAGUGCCCCAAAGGUUUUUCGGGGAGUCUGUGUCAGGUGGACAUUGACGAGUGCGCCAGCACUCCCUGCAAGAACGGAGCUAAAUGUACUGAUGGUCCCAACAAGUACACCUGCGAAUGUGCUGAAGGUUACUCGGGGCAGCACUGUGAGACUGACAUCAAUGAGUGCUACUCUGACCCAUGCCACUAUGGUACCUGCAAGGACGGCUUAGCCUCCUUCACCUGCUACUGCCGACCUGGCUACACUGGCCGCUUGUGUGAGACCAACAUCAACGAGUGCCUCAGCCAGCCCUGCAAGAAUGGCGGCACUUGCCAGGACAGGGAGAACACAUAUAUUUGCGCUUGCCCCAAAGGCACAGCGGGUUACAAUUGCGAGGUCAACCUGGACGACUGCAAGAGCAGACCGUGCGACUACGGGAGGUGCAUCGACAAAAUCAACGCCUACGAGUGUGCAUGUGAACCCGGCUACACAGGAACAAUGUGUAACAUCAACAUUGACGAUUGCGCCAAGAACCCCUGUCACAACGGGGGCACGUGCCUUGAUGGCAUUAACCGGUUCACCUGCCUGUGCCCGGAGGGCUACAACGACGCCACUUGUUUGUCUCAGGUCGAUGAGUGUAGCAGCAACCCCUGCAUCCACGGCCGAUGCCAGGACCUCAUCAACGGCUACAAAUGUACCUGCGACUCUGGCUGGAGCGGCCCCAACUGUGACAUCAAUAACAACGAGUGUGAGUCCAACCCGUGCAUGAACGGGGGAACCUGCAAGGACAUGACCAGCGGAUACCACUGCACAUGCAGAGCUGGUUUCACCGGACCUAACUGCCAAACUAACAUCAACGAGUGUGCCUCCAACCCCUGCCUCAACCAGGGCACCUGCAUUGACGAUGUGGCUGGAUACAAGUGCAACUGUUUGCUGCCCUACACCGGUGAAAACUGUGAGAUCCUGCUGGCACCCUGCAGCCCCAGACCCUGUAAAAACGGUGGAGUGUGUAAGGAGGCGGAAGACUACCAGAGCUUCUCCUGUAUCUGCCCUGAAGGAUGGCAAGGUCAAACAUGUGAGAUCGACAUCAACGAAUGCGUGAAGAGCCCAUGCCGCAACGGUGCUGUCUGCCAUAACACUAUGGGUGGUUACCAGUGCAAGUGCCAGCCAGGUUACACUGGCCAGAAGUGUGAGACGGACACUGAUGACUGCAAACCAAAUCCCUGCAGUAACGGAGGUCUGUGCCGCGAUGCCAUCAACACUUUCACGUGCACCUGUCUUCCCGGCUUUCGUGGCGGUAGAUGCGAGCAGGACAUAAACGAGUGUGAAAGUAACCCCUGUAGAAACGGCGCCAACUGCACCGACUGCGUCAACAGCUACACGUGCACCUGCCCGCCCGGUUUCAGUGGGAUCAACUGUGAGGUCAACACCAACGACUGCACGGACAGCUCUUGCUUCAAUGGUGGCACCUGCGUGGAUGGGAUUAACGCGUUCACCUGCCUGUGUCUACCCGGAUUCACUGGCAGCUACUGCCAAUAUGAUAUCGAUGAGUGCGACUCCAAACCGUGUCUCAAUGGAGGAUCUUGUCUGGACAGUUAUGGGACAUAUUUGUGCACGUGUCCUCAUGGCUACAUAGGCGUCAAUUGCCAGAUUCUGGUGCGCUGGUGUGAUUCCUCCCCUUGUAAAAAUGGAGGUUCGUGCUGGCAGCAGGGAGCGUCUUACACCUGCCAGUGUCAGACUGGAUGGACCGGCCUGUAUUGUGACAUCCCCAGUGUGUCUUGUGAGGUUGCAGCCAAACGGCAAGGGGUGGAGGUGGCUCACCUGUGCAGGAACUCGGGCCAGUGCCUGGAUGCCGGAAACACGCAUUACUGUCGCUGCCAGGCCGGCUACACCGGGAGCUACUGCCAGGAACAAGUGGACGAGUGCUCACCAAAUCCUUGCCAGAACGGAGCCGCCUGCACAGACUAUCUGGGGGGCUACAGCUGUGAGUGUGUCCCCGGCUACCACGGCGUAAACUGCUCCAAAGAGAUCAACGAAUGUCAGUCACAGCCCUGUCAGAACGGAGGCACGUGCAUCGACCUCAUCAACACAUACAAGUGCUCGUGCCCCAGAGGAACACAAGGUGUCCACUGUGAGAUCAAUUUGGAUGACUGCACCCCCUCCAGCGACCCACUGACCAAUGAGCCCAAGUGCUUCAAUAACGGCAAGUGUGUGGACCGCAUCGGGGGCUACCAGUGCGUGUGCCCAGCGGGCUACGUAGGAGAGCGCUGUGAGGGCGACGUCAACGAGUGUCUGUCAGACCCCUGUGACCCCCAAGGGUCUUACAACUGUGUUCAGCUCACCAACAGCUACCGCUGCGAAUGCCGCACGGGAUACACAGGUCAGCGUUGUGACAAAGUGUUUGACGGCUGUAAAUCGAGACCCUGCAAAAACGGAGGGUCAUGUGCUGUUGCCAGCAACACGCCUCAUGGUUUCAUCUGCAAAUGUCCGCCCGGCUUCACCGGCUCCUCUUGUGAGUAUGAUUCUCGCUCCUGCGGGAGUCUGAAUUGCAGGAACGGGGGUACGUGUGUGUCGGGCCACCUAGGCCCGCGCUGCUUGUGUCCACCAACCUUCACUGGGCCAGAGUGCCAGACCCCCACCGACAGCCUCUGCAUCUCCAACCCCUGCUACAACGGCGGAACGUGCCAGGUCACCGCGGACGCGCCUUUCUUCCAUUGCAGCUGCCCCAGCAAUUUCAACGGCCUGCUCUGCCACAUCCUGGACUAUUCCUUCGUCGGGGGUUUCGGCCGGGACAUCACCCCACCUCCGGAAGUGGAGGUGAGCUGCGAGAUAGCGCAGUGCAACGAGUGGGCCGGGAACCACAUCUGCGACUCGCUGUGCAACAACCACGCCUGCGGCUGGGACGGAGGGGACUGCUCGCUUAAUUUCGAUGACCCUUGGCAAAACUGCUCCGCGGCUCUGCAGUGCUGGCGCUACUUUAACGACGGGAAGUGCGACGGACAGUGCAACAGCCCCGGGUGUCUCUACGAUGGCUUUGAUUGUCAGGGACAGGAAGGGCAGUGCAACCCGCUGUAUGACCAGUACUGUAAGGACCACUACGCUGACGGUCACUGUGACCAGGGCUGCAACAAUGCAGAAUGCGAAUGGGACGGCCUGGACUGCGCCAACAACAUGCCAGAGAAGCUCGCGGACGGGCAUUUAGUCCUGGUGGUCCAUAUUCCACCCGAGCAGCUAAAAAACGGCUCUUCGACCUUCCUCAGAGAGCUCAGCAGCGUUCUCCACACCAACGUGGUGUUCCGCCGCGACGCCAAGGGAGAACCAAUGAUCUUCCCUUACUAUGGCAACGAACAGGACCUGGUCAAACACAACGUGCUGAAGCGCUCCGCAGAGGGCUGGCCCGAGUGGGCGUCAAUGCCCGCCAAUGUUUUGGGUCAGGUGAAGGAAAGCGUGUCGGCCAUGGUCAGCCCCCGCAAACGCAGAGAGCUGGAUCCAGUGCAAGUCAAAGGGUCUGUGGUGUACCUGGAGAUUGACAACCGUCAGUGCUACCAGCAGUCGAGUGAAUGCUUCCAGAGCGCCACAGAUGUAGCUGCAUUCCUUGGAGCGCUUGCCACUAGCGGGAAUCUCAAUGUUCCCUACAUCGAAGCUGUCACCAGUGUGAGACCUACUCCCGCCACUUCAGAGCUCUACCCCAUGUACGUAGUCUUCCUGGGCUUGGCUGCCUUGGGUUUCAUCUGCCUUGGUGUCCUGGUGUCUCGCAAGAGGCGACGAGAGCACGGCCAGCUUUGGUUUCCCGAAGGUUUUAAAGCGUCGGAGCCCAGUAAAAAGAAGCGCAGAGAGCCGUUGGGAGAAGAUUCUGUGGGAUUGGGGCCUAUGAAAAACUCGGACAUCAAUCUUAUGGAUGACAAUCAAAACGAAUGGGAUGAUCAAGAUCCAGACUGCAGACGCUUCAGGUUUGAGGAGCAGGCCAUGCUGGAUUUGAGCGACCGUACAGACCACAGGAAAUGGACGCAGCAACAUCUGGAUGCAGCUGACCUGCGCAUUGCGUCCAUUGCUCCUACGCCUCCUCAGGGAGAGACAGAGAAUGACUGCAUGGAUGUGAAUGUCAGGGGACCAGAUGGUUUCACUCCCCUGAUGAUCGCAUCCUGCAGCGGAGGAGGCCUGGAGACCGCUAACAUCGAAGAGGAAGAGGAUCCCUCAGCAGAGAUCAUCUCUGACUUUAUUUACCAAGGCGCCAAUCUCCACAAUCAGACUGACCGCACGGGCGAGACCGCCCUCCACCUGGCCGCCCGCUACGCCCGCUCCGAUGCCGCCAAACGCCUCCUGGAGUCCAGCGCCGACGCCAACGUCCAGGACAACAUGGGACGCACUCCGCUUCACGCUGCUGUCGCUGCAGACGCGCAGGGAGUCUUCCAGAUUUUAAUCCGAAACCGCGCCACUGAUCUUGACGCCCGCAUGCACGACGGAACAACACCGCUCAUCCUGGCGGCCCGACUGGCGGUUGAGGGAAUGGUGGAGGAGCUCAUCAACUGCCACGCGGAUGCUAACGCCACCGACGACACUGGUAAAUCUGCUCUUCACUGGGCCGCGGCGGUAAACAAUGUGGAGGCGGCUAUGGUGCUGCUGAAAAAUGGUGCCAACAAAGACAUGCAAGACAACAAGGAGGAGACACCAGUUUUCCUUGCAGCCCGGGAAGGAAGCUUCGAGACAGCCAAGGUUCUCCUGGAACACUUUGCCAAUCGUGAGAUCACCGACCAUCUCGACCAGCUGCCCAGAGACAUCGCACAGGAACGCAUGCACCAUGACAUCGUCCGUCUUCUGGAUGAGUACAACGUGGUCAGGAGCCCCGGGCUUCACAGCGGCCCACUUAGCACCUCCAGCCUCUCGCCACCUCUCUGCUCCCCCAAUGACUACCUUAGCAACCUCAAGCCCAUGCUGUCCGUCAAGAAGGUUCGCAAACUCAGCUCCGGCGGCAAGGGAGGGAAGGAUGGGGGCAAAGAUAAUCGAAUGAAGAAGAAGAAGUCCCUGGAUGGAAAGGGCAACUUGCUCGACUCUUCAGCCGUCCUCUCGCCGGUUGAUUCCCUCGAGUCCCCGCACGGCUACCUGUCCGAUGUGGCCUCCCCUCCCAUGACAUCGCCCUUCCAGCAGUCGCCGCCUAUGUCUCUAAAUCACCUACAAGGCAAUGGAGACCAUAUGGGCCAGAUGAGCAUGGGUAAGGAUAUGGGCUGUAUGUCUUUUGACCACAACCCUCCCCGUCUCUCCCACAUGCCUGUGUCCAGCGCCGGCACUCAGGGUACAACAUCCAUAGGUGGCAGCAGAGGAGGCCAGUGUGACUGGAUCUCCAGGAUGCACCCAGGUGUAGGCCAGCAAGGGGGCUUCACCCAGGGGUCAACCAUAUCCCACGGCAUGAUGGGGGCCCUGCAUGGCGUCAGCACUGCCACCCUGUCCCAGAUCAUGGGGUACCAGAAUAUGCAGACGAGCCACCUAGGUUCGUCCGCGCACAUGAUGCAGCAGGCUCAUUCCCGGCAGCUCCAGCACCAGAACUCUAACUCCACCACAGCCGGCCAGCCCCUCGGCCAGGGCUUCCCGAACGUUGAGCUGAACGGCUCAGACAUGCAGCAGAACAACGGCCGCUCCAUGCCCAUCCACACCGUCAUGCCGCAGGAGACGCAGAUCCUCGGCACCCAGUUCCUCACCCCUCCCUCCCAGCAUAGCUAUUCUGGCCCCAUGGACAACACACCCAACCACCAGCUACAGGUACCCGACCACCCAUUCCUAACCCCCUCCCCCGGCUCCCCCGACCAAUGGUCCAGCUCGUCCCCACAUUCCAACAUGUCCGAUUGGUCGGAAGGCAUCUCAAGCCCGCCUACAAGUAUCCACUCGCAGAUGAAUCUGAUCCCGGACCAGUUUAAGUAGAGACUUGUAAAAAAACUUUUUAGUAGGAAGAAAAUAUAUACAAAGAACAUUCAUAGAGAAAGAGAGUGACAAACCUGUAUUGAGACUGAAGAUGCUCCUUUUUUAUUAUCAGUUUUGAUACUAACGUUAAAAAACAGUUUUAGGUAUUUUGUAUUUAUUUAUGUGCUUUUUUGACCUGAAAUAUAAAGAAGAUGCUUUUAUAUUUAUGCUUUUUUAUUUUUUCUUCUGUUAUGUAUCGGAAGAUUAGAAACUCUUUUAAAAGAGUAUAUCAGACAUACGACUAAAAUGUGUACACUGGCUAUUUAUUUGUAUUUUCUGUUGCUAUAUUCACUGGAUUUAAUUUACUCUUUUGGUCACAAAUUGUUAUUUUUGGGCUUUCGUUGUUUUAUGUUUGUACAUAUUUUGUUUUCUAACAUUUAUAGAUUAUUGUAAAAUGUUCAGUAUUAAUUAAUUAUAUUUCCUUUGUCCCGGUAAAUGACGCAGGUUUUGUUACUGAACUAUAUUUCACUGAGUCUUAUCACUGAGUCUGUUAGACGACGAUUAAAUAUAUAUAUCAAAAAGCCACAGAUUUCAUGAUGUUGCUUCCUACACUAGUGGCAAAAUGAGAGUAACUGAGCGACGGAAACAGAGACCUUAAAGCACAGAACAAAUAUCCCUAUUUUGAGUUGAGAGAUGCCUCACGGAAGGAGUGACGCUGCUUCUCAAUCAACUUGAGCCUUUUUUUCCCAUUGAAUAAUGGUCUUGGCUGGUGUUGCGUAAUUGAUUUGUGAUACUUUGUGAAAGAAGAAACGUUUCUGAUUUUCAGAUUGUAUUCCAAAUCAGUGAUUAUGGUUAUGUGUUAAAUUGCAGAGCCGUUGUAGAAGCGUUGAAAUGUUACAUUUGCGACAGUUUAAAUAGUUCCAGUGUGAAUUUGGUUUUUCUUGAGAAAAUCAAUGAAUUUGUCAGAUUUCUUUUUAAAGAAAUGUCUUGGAAGUGGAGAUCAUUGUUUGUGAAAGAAAUGGGGACCUUUGUUUGUGUGUAAAACAACAUCAUCUGUACUUUGUGUAGUUGAUGUCUGAAUGUCAUGUUUUAUAAACUAAUUCAGAGAUAAAAUAUGCUUUAAAAAAAAGAUGUAAUUCAAAAUCCAUGUUCAUGCAAAGUUGUAGUUCGCAAAGAAGUAUUUUCUGAUUUAAAUGUUUUGUAAAAAUUGUCUUGAUUCAAUAAAAGAUACCGUCAAACUCUGAAGAUA